AUUUGCAUGCAUUGAGAGACUUGAGUUAGUAAGAAGUAGCUUUGUACUCUACGAGUGAGGAAAAGAGAGAAAUCUAGAGAGAGAAAAUGGAAGAGCAAAGCAAAUGCAAGAAGCUAUGCAGUGGAUUAGUGAAAGCUAAACCAUUUAUAGCAAUGAUAUCUCUGCAAUUUGGAUAUGCAGGAAUGUAUAUAGUUACUAUGGUUUCCCUCAAACGUGGCAUGAAUCAUUACGUUCUUGCUGUUUAUCGUCAUGUUGUCGCUACUCUCGUCAUUGCCCCUUUCGCUCUUCUUCUUGAAAGGAAAAUAAGGCCAAAGAUGACGCUGCCUAUCUUUCUCAGAAUUGUAGCUCUUGGUUUUCUAGAGCCAGUGCUUGAUCAGAAUAUGUACUAUGUGGGUAUGCAGUAUACAUCAGCAACAUUUGCAUCUGCCUCACUCAAUGUUCUUCCUGCCAUAACCUUUAUCAUGGCAAUAAUUUUCAGGUUGGAGAGAGUGAACAUAAAAAGGGUACGAGAUAUAGCAAAGAUUGUGGGAACAUGUGUUACAGUUGGAGGAGCAAUGGUGAUGACAAUGUAUAAGGGCCCAGUCCUUGACAUUAUAAGGUCCCAUGGAGCUACUCACAACCAUGCCACUGAACCCGCUAAUCAGCAUUGGAUUAUGGGAACUCUUCUUCUUCUUGGCAGUUGCUGUGGCUGGGCUGGCUUUUUUAUUCUUCAGUCAUUUACAUUGAAGAAAUACCCAGCAGAGCUUUCACUUACAGCGUUGAUAUGCUUGAUGGGUUCGGUGGAAGGUUCAAUAGUGGCACUUAUCAUGGAGAGAGAUAUGACUGUCUGGCAAAUUGGCUUUGACUCAAGGCUUCUUGCUGCUGUUUACACUGGAGUGGUCUGCUCGGGAUUUGCAUAUUAUAUUCAAGGAAUGGUAAUCAAAGAAAGAGGGCCUGUGUUUGUCACCUCUUUUAGCCCUCUCUGCAUGAUCAUCACUGCUAUUCUUGGAAUCAUUAUUCUAUCUGAACAACUUCACCUCGGAAGUGUAAUUGGAGCAGUUUUCAUAGUGAUUGGGCUGUAUUCAGUGGUAUGGGGUAAAAGCAAGGAUAGUAGUGUAAAUAAUUUAUCAGCAGCAUCAUCAUCAUCAACAAUGACAAAUGAGAAAAAUGGCAGCACUCUUGAAUUGCCCAUUUCUGAUACUACUAAACCAUCAACCAAUUUUGGUAACAGCAAUAACAAUAAUGUGUAGAAUAGUAUAUAUGGAACUGAUGGAUGGAGUAUUAAAAGUAUGAUGCAAUAAGAAGGAUUGGAAAAUAGAUAUAUAUAUAUAUAUAGGUAUGUAUUAUGAGAUGUAUUUUAUAUUUAUGCUUUUCAUCUCUAAAAUGUAUGCUGAGAUUUUGAUUACUUAAUUAUAAACAUGGGCGUCAUCUUUCCUCA